ACCCGGAAGUUGUGGCUGUCCAAGGGGGAAUGCUUCCGGGCAGGAGCUAGGUGACCCCGGCUGCUUCAAGAACCUGCGGUGUGACAGCAGCCAUGGGGGCGCACCUGGCCCGGCGCUACCUGGGCGAUGCAUCAAAGGAGCCCGACCCCCUGCGGAUGCCCACCUUCCCGCCUGACUACGGCUUCCCGGAGCGCAAGGAACGCGAGAUGGUGGCCACGCAGCAGGAGAUGAACGACGCACAGCUGAUGCUCCAGCAGCGGGACUACUGCGCCCACUACCUCAUCCAGCUGCUCAAGUGCAAGCGUGACAGCUUCCCCAACUUUCUGGCCUGCAAGCAUGAGCAGCAUGACUGGGACUACUGCGAGCACCUAGACUACGUGAAGCGCAUGAAGGAGUUUGAGCGGGAGCGGCGGCUGCUCCAGCGGAAGAAGCGGCGGGAGCAGAGGGAAGCAGAAAUGGCCAGAGGCCAGGGGCCCGGUGAGGUGGCUCCCGAAAUGGCCCUGUAGUGGGCCCACCUACCACCCUGUGGACCAGUCAAGAAAUAAAAGCCUCCAGGCCCCUUGGCCCAAA